AUGGCGCGUUGGGCUGCAUCCGCCUGCGACCCCUGCGCGACCCACCGGGGCGGCGGAGAUCGUGCCCUUCCCGCCCCCUCCAACCCUCAUUGCUUCGCUCUCUCACUUCGCCCACCGCCCUCCUUCGCUCUUUGCCUGUGCGCCUGGACUUGGCCUUUCCUCGCUCUUCUCUGUGGCCCCGAACUUCGUCUUCUUCCUCGUCCUACCAAUCCUACGUCGUCCCACAUCGACCUCCCACCCCCGUCGACACCUCCUCAUUGCUUCACCCUGUCGACCAAGCCCGUCCUCCCACCACAUCCCCCACCCAUUUCUCCUACACCAUCCUUCUACCCUGUCCCACCACCCAUCCCUUCCAAACCUCGACGCGGCGCCAUUACUCCGCCGCGUAUGCACCCGGGCGAGUGCACUUCCGCGGGGCGGUGCGGGGCGGGGUUGGGCGAUUGGGCAGCGGUCGCCGACGCUUCACUUUGUCAGCGGCGCGGCCGCCGCCGCCGCUACUACCCGCAGCACGAAAAAGUAUUAAAACACACUGCAUUUUAUUUUCCAGUGUAUGAUGGUUUAGGUGAGUUUCGUGGCCUGGCAGAGUUCAAAGAAGUUGAUUUCAAAAACCUUUUUGACUUGCUGCCAUUGAAACAUAGUAUGCCAAAUGAUUACGAUAUUCGCCAAACCAAGCUCGCGUCGUCGUCCUUUAUUAGGAUCUGGGUUAGUGUAAUGAGCGCCUCCUACGGAUGUUCUGAGAAAGCACCUGUUGACUCCUCGUGCGUUGCGAGAACGUGCUCCUUCGCUGAUGCGUCCCCUUUGGUGCGCCGCGCGGCGCGACAACCUGUGGACCCCGCGGCCGCCGCCCCCACCGCGGCGCCCUUCAACUGGCAGCAGUCGUGCCGAGCUUCGUCAGCUAGCACUAGCGACGCCGGCCGCCGCCGCCCGCCGCCGCCGCCCCCGUUGACCCCGCUGCGCCAGCCGCGCCCUUCAACUGGCAGCAGUUUCGUGCCGAGCUUCGUCACUAGCACCGCCGCCCCGCCGUCGCCGCUGCUGCCACCGCCCCCGGCGCCGCCCCGCCGUCGCCCCCGCAGCGGCUCUGCCGCCCCUGCAGCUCCCUCAACUGGCACAAAUUCGUCCCGCAGUUUGUCCUGA